GCAAAAAAGGUGACCAAAAGGCCAGAAUAGAUUUUGUUUAAUCUAAAAUCAACAGCCAAUACUAAAAAAAGAAACAAAAAGAAAAUAAAUUAAAAGUGUCCUAAAAAUGCUCGAUGCAUAAAAAAAUGAUGCAGAAGUUUGCGAAAGGCCUAAACAAAGAAGGUGACCUAAAAAAAUCAAUGUUUUUCUUACUAAAAAAUUAAAAUACUAAGGCCAACAAAAAAUUAUUAAAAUGCAGCCAAAGCUCAAGUAUGCAAAACAAAAGUAAAGCAAUCUUAAAAUUUUAAAAAUUAGAAAGCAAAAUAUGUGACUAAAAAAUAAAAACGAUAGUGAGUGUUUUCUUGGAGAAAAUUCUGAAAUUCGAAAAUAAUAAACAAAAAGAAAAUAAAUAUAAUAAAAGCAUUAAUAAUAUAACAAGUUCAUACAAAGUAUACCGGAAGUCGAAAAAAAUGUUUAGAAACGUUGCGCUUAUGCCGCAACUAAUGAAAAACUAGCACUAGCAAAGCGUAAAGUGGAAAAGUAAGCGGAAUUGCGCCAGCAACAUAAAGUGAAAGUUAAAAGGAAAAGCUUUGAAAAGUGGUGAAGUGCAAUAAAAAGUAGCAAAAAAAUUAUGUCACAAAGAAAGUGUUAACGGUAAAUUACAUACUUCAAAAAAUAUAUAAAAAGUAGAAAAAUCUCAAAAAGGCUUUUUAAACUUACAUUUACACUAAAACCAACGGACCACCUUGGCGUAUACGUAAUAAAAAAGGCGAGUGCAAUUUCGAGGAAUGCAUAAGUUAGCUGCGGCUGCUUAAGCGGCGGGGGAGCGCAAGCGAAUGCUGCUGCUGCCAGAUUACGCUUUACAACAUGGAUGGCGAAAAUCGGAUUAUACUCAAUGUGGGUGGCAUAAGAUAUGAAACAUAUAAGGCGACAUUGAAGAAAAUACCCGCCACACGCCUCUCUCGUCUCACUGAGGCGCUGGCCAAUUAUGAUCCGGUGCUGAAUGAAUAUUUCUUUGAUCGCCAUCCGGGUGUAUUCACGCAAAUACUCAACUACUACAGAACCGGUAAACUACACUAUCCCACAGAUGUCUGUGGACCACUAUUCGAAGAGGAACUAGAAUUUUGGGGACUCGAUUCGAACCAAGUAGAACCAUGCUGUUGGUCCACCUACAGCAUACACCGUGACACACAGAAUACUUUAGCCAUUUUAGAUAAAUUAGAUAUUGAAAAUGAAAAACCCUCUGAAGAACAAAUUGCACGUCUAUUCGGUUUCGAAGAAGCACUCAUCAAUGGACGACUUAGCUGUUGGCAACGCAUUAAGCCGAAGGUGUGGGCGCUCUUUGAUGAACCCUCCAGUUCGACGGGUGCUAAAAUCGUAGCUAGUAUGUCGGUUUUCUUUAUAUUCGUUUCUGUGAUAUCGUUCUGCCUGAAGACCCAUCCGGGUUUUCGUGUGGACUUUCCCGCCACUCACACCGAACAUGGACCAAGUCCGUCGGCUGUACCGCACACGCCAGCCGUGCACAUACCGAGUAUACCUCAUCAGCAUAAUAUGCCACCGGUGCCGCCGAGCGCACACAUAGCCACCACAGUGACGGCGGCACCGGGUACACGUAGCGGCGCUGUGGGCAAUAUGGCACCGCCGAUGCACGCGAACAACUACGGUGUGAACGUAACAAGUGCCAGCGGCAUCAACUAUACGCUGGCGCACACCUUUAAAGUCACAAAUUAUACAGCGCCGGGUAAUGCCAACACCAGUCAGUCCAUUGCUACGUUCACGCUAAAGGGCACCGGCGGCGGUCCAUCCAAUCGCAAUCGCCUGAAACGUUCCAUACGCAACGUAAAGGAUUUGAUACAACAGAAAUUGCUCGGCGGUGUCGAUCAUCAUGGUCAUGGCUGGCAUGAGUCGUACGGACAGCCGCACGAGGCUUUCUUCUACGUGGAGUUGGUGUGCAACGUGUGGUUCUUCAUCGAGGUGCUCAUCAGGCUCAUUGUCUCACCGAAUAUUUGGCAGUUCAUCAAAUCGCCGGUCAAUAUAAUUGACUUCACCGCCACGCUUAGCUUCUACACGGACGUCAUGCAACGUAUGGGCGAGUACACUGGCCUGCUGGAGGCUUUCUCGAUAGUACGCAUUAUGCGUCUCUUCAAGUUGACGCGACAUUCGCCUGGUCUUCGCAUCCUCAUACACACAUUCAAGGCCUCAGCGAAAGAGCUGACGUUGCUGGUCUUCUUCUUAGUGCUUGGUAUAGUGUUCUUCGCCAGUUUGGCUUACUAUGCGGAGAAGUUGCAGGACAACCCUGAAAAUCAGUUCAAGAGCAUACCACUUGGCCUCUGGUGGGCUAUAGUCACUAUGACCACUGUCGGUUAUGGCGAUGUGGCGCCAAAAACUUAUCCGGGUAUGUUUGUAGGCGCGCUUUGUGCUUUAGCUGGCGUAUUGACGAUAGCACUGCCGGUACCCGUCAUCGUUAGCAACUUUUCCAUGUUUUACUCGCACACACAGGCACGUUCGAAACUGCCAAAGAAACGCCGGCGUGUGCUACCCGUCGAGCAGCCGCGUCGCAAACGCGAACAGGGUCCACCGGCACGUGGCCGUGCGAACGCCAUUAAACAGACAACUUCACUGCCACAUGGCCACCAUGGCGGACACGCUGGGCAUUUGUUGAGCGCCACCGGCCUGCAUCAUGGCGUUGCGUCGGCGACGCCGGCAACAGCGACGACGAUGUUCAAGGAUCCUUUCGGCGGUGCCAAAAUCGGCAGCAUGAAUGGCGUUAAUGUGAUAGGCCUCAACAUGCCGGGGCAACAACCAGUGCCUUUGACCGCCGCCACGGCCGGUGCCACCUGCGGUGCUGCGAGGAUGCCCUCACCAUUGCCAAAUCAUCCGUCGGGUUCAACGUCGGCAACCGCGCAGACAUCGCUAAUGCUGACCAGCGGCGGCCCAGCGGUCAUAAGCUCGGAUUACUUGAGCGUGCCGCAGAUACAGAGUUUGCAGCCGCGCGCCGCCACAACGGGACAUGACUUUAUGCUGCCACUGCAACCUAAGCUGUUAGCGCCAUUAGAAUGCAAAGAUCAUCACGCGCUGCAGUUGGCGCCGCAACAUCUGCCUGGCGCCGAUGGCAUGCAUAACGGUGUACAAUUACAUCACACGCAGGCGCCCUACCACAUCACCGGCGCGCAUCAUUGCCUCAGCAGCAGCGGCGGCGCUGCUGGUGGUGGCGUCGGCAGCACGGACAGCAUCAGCGGCAGUCACUCGGGCAGUCGCGCCGCCUUAAAUGUGCCGCCCACUAUUAGCGUGGCCUCCGCGCAAAUGCCGCAUGGCGUACGCACACCCAACCUGAGCGCACGCGCUGCACAAAUAUUGGCUGCGCAACAAAUGCGUGAGCAAGCGGCCGCCGCCGCCGCCAGUGCUGGUCACGGCAAUGUGCAUCAUACAAGUGGUUGUAAUAUAACGAUUGCGGUCAAUGAUGGCGGCGGUGGUGCGUUGCUGGAAAUGGAGAACUCCAAUGCGUAUAUGGAACAGCAGCAACAACAUCAACAACAACAACAACAACAUCAGCAACACCAUCAGCAAACACAGUGCUCGCCGCAGUGCACACAAAGUCCACAAAAGCAACAGCAACAUCACUACCAACAACAACAGCAGCACACGCAACAUCAUCACCCACCGCCGAAGGUGACGCUGCUGGACGAUGGUUGCAGCAGCGAUUGCGCCAAUGCGACGGAUGAGGGCGAGGACGACUAUGAGAGCCGUAAUGGCAGUGUUAAUGAGUAUACAAAUGGUGAUGAUGGCGAUGCCGUUGGUGGUGGUGGUGGUGGUAGAGGUGGUAGCGGUGGCCGCUUAUACGGCACCGAUUUGCGCUGAUUGCGGGAUGUCGGUUGGAAAUUUCCAUUUUAAAUGGACGGAGCUAAAUGUCUGUAUGUGUGUAUGUAUGUAGCAGAUAGCCAGUAUAACUGUAUAUUUCGUGUUAAUUGUGUAUGGUGCGGUCAACGGUUGGAAGCGGAUGUAAGAUAGACAGUUAAUGAGUUUCAACGAGCAGCCAUUAAGCGCAAAUUUAUAAGGCUUCUAGUGAUGUAAGUUUUUGUUUUUGUUAUUUUCUUUUUUCGUUAAGUUUGUAGUUUAUAUAGUGUAUAGUAUUUUAAGAUUUUUAAUUGACUUAAAGCGUAGCGUAAUUUAAAUAUGAACAGCAGGUGUUGCAAAUUAAUGUAGAUAACUUGAGAGGAAAGUCGGUGUCUAGCAAAUUCUUCUAUAAGUAACUUGUUGUGGGGAAUAAACUUGCAAUUUCCGUUUUUCGAUUAAGCCACUAACAAACUUAAACAAUGUCGUCGCUAAAAUCUCUUCUAGGAGUUUCAUUUCUUCCAAAUCCGAAGGGUUAAAGAAUUGUGAUGAUAAAGUGCCAAGUCCUUGAAGUCGAGUUCUGCCUUUGAGAGCCGACUGUUUUAAGAAAGAACGUUAACUUCGGUAUAUGCUCCCAAGGGCUUAAAGGACUAUCAAGAAGAAAGUGGUGAGUUACUUUCAUCUCAUCUUUUUCCAUAAAGCUUCUGCAGAUGGCGUCUGGUAGGAUUCCCAGCCUUACAACAUGAACACCAAUUAAAACCCCCACCCUCGCCUUAGAAAACAUUCACAACUAGGGAGAGACUGGCCUUACUGAAUGCAAAAAGAUAACUGGAUCUCUGGCGAUCGAUCUUGGGUCAAAAGGGAUUUGCGAAUGGUAGCCCAGCGCUGGCCAAGCUUGCGCGAAGCCCAGCGAUCUAGUAGUCAAACACAAGAAGAUACGGGAGCACCCAUCCGCUCCCAUUCAACCGAUAGCGGUAAGCGGUUUUAAGGUAUCUUUCCUUAGUAGCUCAUCAGCUUUACAAUUGGUAGCUUAUUGGCUGCAACCUCGGCUUGGAAAACGCUGUGAUAGUCGGGAAGUCUGAAACUGGAGUUGAUAGAGAGCUCUUACAGUAAACCCUUCCAACAAUGCUUCUCCCAAGUUAUGACCCAUCCGUAAAGUAGCUUAUUGUCCAAACCAGAACUCCUUCGCCAGUAUAUGGGCAGAGAAGGAGUCGCAGCUCCAUGAAUCCAGUGAUCCGGUAUGAAGUCAGAAGUUUUGAAGAUUUCUGAAUGUUCUGACACGUGUUAAUUUAGGAACCCGAAUUCUCAGAUUCUGAUGGCAACUUCCGCUGCCAUACACCUUGCGACGAUUACUACGGGCACCAUGUGCAAAAUGGUGUUAAAUGCCAUGGUUGAAGUGGGCCUUAGUGCACCACACAUGCUGAUGAGUGCCACCCGUUGAACGCUCUCUAGUUUCUUUACAAGUAUGGUCU